AUGUCAACAUUUUAUUAUACUUCAACUAACACGGUUUUUCGAAAUUUUUUAUUUUAUGCAAUAUUAUCAAUUCUUAAAAUGAUGAUUAUGUCAUUUUUAACUGUUGCUCAACGACUUCGAAAGAAUGUAUUUGCUAAUCCUGAAGAUAUAAUACCGAAAAAAGGAAAAACUGUUUUACCAACAACAUCUGAUCCAGAUGUUGAACGUGUUCGUCGUAAUCAUUUAAAUGAUAUUGAAAAUAUUAUUCCAUUUGUACUUAUUGGACUGUGUUAUGUUGCUUGUAAUCCGGAUUCGAAUGUAUCUUUAUGGCAUUUUCGUAUUUUCUUUUUUUCACGAAUUCUUCAUACAAUUUCCUAUCAGCUUCCAUUGCCACAACCAAGUCGACGUGUAACUUUUUUUAUUGGAUUAAUUGUUACUGUCUCAAUGGCCAUACAAACUCUUCUUGUCGUUUCUUAA